CGCCGACGCCCCGCCAUAGCUGCGCUUUAUAGCCGAAGCGAAGCGGCGUCUGUGAGGAGUGUCGCCAUGUUCCAGGGCCCCGAAAUCGACGUGGCCAAGCCCAGCUCCAGAGUGCUGAAACCUCCGGGAGGAUGCUCUAGCAAUGUCUUUGGAAGUCCAGAAGAAGUUUCUGUCCCUCUCAGACCACACAAAAUGACAUCGAACAUUUUUGGAGGAGGCGAAGAACCUCAAGCCUUUGCAAAGAAAACAAACCCUCCAGGUGGAAAGGAGAGUGGCAUAUUUGAAGACCAUAAACCAAAUGCUUCGCGUCAACUUGCAAAUCCCCCAGGUGGGAAAACCAGCAAUAUCUUUGGAUCUCCACAACCUUUUUCCACUGUCAAAGCACAUCCAAACAAGCCCAAGGAUCACACUGUUAUAUUGGAUGACAGAGGAGAUUCACAUCAGGAACUCAAAACAAAAGCUACAGAAGACCAAAAACGCCAAGUGGAAGUUGUAAAAGAAAUGGGAGAAGCACCAAAAGUUGUAAAAGAAAUGGGAGAAGCACCGAAAGAGAGCACCAAAAUGCCUGGGCCCAAGAUGGAUGACCAUGAGCCCCGGCUGGGGCCACGACCACGUUCGCACAACAAAGUCCUCAAUCCGCCUGGAGGCAAAUCUAGUAUUGCAUUCUAUUAGGAAAAGCUGUUCCUCUCCUACUCCCCAUCCCUCCCCAUGGAGUCAGCACAGAACCAUGCCCCAACUUUCUGUAUAAUAAUACUUCAAGAAGGAAAGUUAUUUGGCUUAUUCAGUAUGUGACAGAAGUCAACUUGAGCAUUUCUAUAUUAGUUUUUUUUUUAAAGACACAGAUCCAUUUUUUGAGAUAAUCCUUCAUGCCUGAGCACACCUGUCACUUUCUGAAUAUGAUGAAGAAAAUUCCCUGUGAUUGGCUGCAGCAGCACACAUUCCCCCUGAAAACAAAGAUUGCUUUCCUGAAGCUCAGAUUGGCUUAUAGAGCUCUCAGAUAAUUUUGUUUGUAGUCGAAAGAGGAGGAGGCUAGUAAAAAUGUGAAAUUGAAGUUCUAGCUGAACUGUGAAUUGUAGUCAAAACAAAUCAUGCACAAAUUAACUUUAUGGAUCUGUCUCAGAAACUUUAGUUUUACAGUUCUCCUCUGGCUAAUUAAAGAGGAUAGAGGUCGAAUGCCAAAGGAUGUUGCUGUUGUAGAUUAUACAAAAUCACCUUGUCCAACAAGGUGAUUAAAUAAUGACUUCAUGUUGGAUGGAAUCACUAGCUGGAAUCACUGGGUUGCUGUGAGUUUUCCGGGCUGUAUAGCCAUGUUCCAGAAGCAUUUUCUCCUGACGUUUCACCCACAUCUAUGGCAGGCAUCCUCAGAGGUUGUGAGGAUGUCUGCCAUUGAUGUGGGUGAAACGUCAGGAAAGAAUGCUUCUAGGACAUUGCCAUACAGCUCAAAAACUCACAGCAACCCAAUAAUACCUUUAUUUACAUCCUGCCGCCAUCUCCCAAAAGGGACGCGGGAUGGCUUAUAAAGCAGCACAUAAUAGUGCUAUAAAACACAUAAAUACAUUCAAAAUUUACCAGAAUCAAUAGCAGCCCCAAAGCUGAUUAAGAAGUUAGUGCAAUCACUAUUCUACAAAAAGAGGCAUUGAGCUGCUUCUGAUCUACAAAAGCAUCUUGUCAUGAAUUCUUUGCUGACUCCAUUACUUGCCUUCCUUUAUCAGCCUCCAUUAGCAGCCUUAAAUUUGCUUUUGGCUACUUCUGCCCAUGCUCUGAUUGUCCAAGUUGCCAGGUCUUUGUCCUCUCAGAGAAAACACCUGUAUCUUUAAUUUCACUGCAGUCUUCUAUUUUUGUUUUGUUCCUUAUCUUCAGCAUAGAAAAAUCAAAGAGUUCUGGUUAUGCGGUGCAGAACAUAGUAGGACCCUGCUCAUUGACUUAAAAACACAGGUCACAUCUCUAGGCAAGAGCUUGGCAACCCUGUCUGGAGACAUAAAUUUACCCAUCUGGUUAUAGCAGCGCAUGUUAUUGUUAACUCUCAGUCUUUCUCCGCCUGAUCCGGGCUGGCUCCAUUUUUGCAAGACAAUGUUCUUGUGAUGCACUUUCUGUUUAGAUUUACUAGUCUGUAAUGCUGCAUUAUUUCUUGUUCUUUGUGCUUUUUCGGUUUGGUAUAGAAGAAACUAUGGUAGGCAAGCAUUGACUCUCCAAAUGUUUGAUCCUCAGCUCCCCACCUGCAAUAGAUACUCAUGAAGCAUUUGCUGAAAACAUCUGGAGUGCAAAGAUUUCCUACUAAAGGGAGGAAUCUUCAAUAUGGAGGACCAUUCCUUUUCAACGGAAUGAUAAUUAUUUGUCAACAGAUAGUUCUCGGACUGCAGUGGCUUGACUUUUAACUCCUCAGUGUAUAGGAGUUUUAUCAGUCACACCAAAGAACUAGUAGCCUUUCUGGUUCUAAGUAGCAAGAGUGGUGCCAGAUGUAAAAAUAGCUCAGUAUUCUGUAGAACAUUGUGCCUUCUUGACUGAACAAGGAUAAUGUCUGCUGAGUGAAAGCGGGGAGGAAAAGUGCUUUGUUGCAUUUGUAGUUUACAAGACGUAUGCCUCCUCCCUGCAUUGAACUGGGAAAGACCACUUGGUUUUGGACAGCAAUUCUUGUCCUGAGUUGUAAGCAUGGACAAUCCAAGGUUCUAAAGUACUUACAAAACUAGGGGGCGCUAGUGCUUUGCUUUUAAAGUAUUGCUAAGGUUCUGGUGAUGACAUUUUCAGAACGCUAACAAAACUUUUAAAAUGUCAUUAUUUUGUUAUUGGCAAUUUUUAUGACGGAACCAAUUAGGAACUCCCAUUUAUAAUGAAAUUUUGAAAGUUUUGUUUGAGUUCUGAAAUUUUCACCACCACCAGAACUUCAGCAACACUUUAGAAGCAAAGCACCAACGCCCCCUAGUUUUCUAAGUACUUUAGAAACAUGGAUUGCCCGUGCCUAUUAAAUAAGGAGCAGCAUGUUUGUAAACAGUGGGCCAAAGCCUGCUUUUCUGACAUCAUUUGUACUGUUAUUUUGGAUUGUCUUCCUUCUGUCUUAAGGACCAAGUGUGGGCUUUGCAAGGACUGAAUGAAACAUGAAGGUGCUUUUUCACCAAUGCCUCUAUUUGGGAUGAUAACAGUUUUAAAGCUAAGCCUUAAAUUAUUAUUACUGAAUAAACUGUGUGCCAUUUUUUUCUUAAAGGGGUGGGGUGGGGAGCUUUUGGAUACACUAGGUAUCCAAAAGGGGUACUUUUUCUAAUAGCAACUAGAAUGUGUUUAAAUCAUGUGCUGCUCAAUAAACAGUUAUGUUUUGUUAAUGCAAUUAUGGGGUGGAUGGUAGAUCUUCAGGACUUAGAAGUGGUAACUCUGUGUGGUUCCUUGUGUUUUCACCAUCGAUCCUGGGAUGUAUAGAGUGCCAAAGAUUCCCUCCGCCUUGGCCAGCAUUGAUUGACCAUGCCUGUGUAUCUCUUUAAAUGGAACUGUACUGAGUGAUUUAAGCGAAUGUGGCAGGUCCCUCAUCUAGACUUCGAAUGGCUAUCGCUAUUAUUCCUUGGCUGGUAAUGGGAAUUCAAAUAAUACUUAUUUCCCUCCUCUGUUGUUAAAAGCUGUUAUUGGAGCUUCUAAUACUUGCAAAUCCUCAACUUAAGCUUUUGUGUUGAAUCAUGUUUGGAAGAAUUCUUCUGAUUUUUCUACUUAAGGGAUUUUCUGUGGUGUGUGAUUCUUGACAAAACUAGUGAAACAGUUCUUGAAAAUUUGAUCUGUUUGAUCUUUAUUCAUUUCGAAUUGACUUUUUUUCCAGUAAUGUAGUCAGCCAUUUUGAAAAUGUGUUCAAGCCACUGUUGUUGUUUUUUACGCUGUUACAUUAUUUUUCCAGUUUUCCUGCUUACAAAUUUUGAAUAACUUCCUCUUAAACUCUUGGGUUUUCCACAAUAUAGGCAUCUUGGGAUCAUUUAUGUUUCUCUUUUGUUUAAGGUCUUUUUUCUUUCUUCACAAUCCAUUACCUAAUUCCUGUUGUGUUUUGUAUUAAGAUCCUUUGCAUAUAUGGCUUAGAAGCAUCCCUUAUAGCCUGCAUAAUUUCAUUUUAUUCUCAAAAAUACAUCUAAAUGUUUCCCAUUAUCUGUUUUUAUUUUUAUGUUUUGUUUAGUAAGUAUUCCGUCUCAAAGGUUAAUUGUCUUCAUUUCAGGUUCUGAAAGAUAAAGGUGCAUGUUCUGCACAUAUGCCAUUGUUUGUUUUUCGGUGGAACUUGGUUAACUAAAUUAGCAUAUGUGAAAGAGACAUCAGUUAUUGAGUAUGUUCUAUUCGCCUUUGAAAAAUAUUGGAUCCUUUAAUUUAGGUUAUAGAAUUUCUAUAAUUCUGUCGAAUGAUUUUGCUGCAGUGACUGUUUAGUAAGCCAGAAAGUUCACAAAUCUAGUGUAUGUAGGCAAUUAAUGGCUCUUGACUCUCCAUGAAUCCUGUCUACAUCUUGGGGCUGCACACAUUGGAAAGUAUGAUUGCUGGACAAGCAGGGUUGUGUUUUUAAAAUAAUAAAAUCAUGAUAUAAAACCUGUAAAAAA